UUUUUUCCCUUUCCUUUGGGCUGCGUUUUCAUCCGUUGACCAUUCUAAUUCGAUCUUCCCAUCUGUCACGUCUCUCUUUCUUUCCCUUCUCCGGCAUUUUCAUUCACAUUUCCGUCUCUCAUUUCGUUCGCUUCCUCACUUGUUGUUUCUUUUUCCGGUGAAACAAAAGUAAUAGCUUUUGCCAAGAACGGUGAGAGCAGUUUAAAGUCAACGCUGCACCGGGCAGCCUCAUUUUCACCUCAUCAUAUCAUCAAUCAACCAACCAUGUAUGCUUCAAUCCCUCUCCUCCUUUUCACCUUCUUAAUUUCAUCCAUUCUCUCCUUCAUCUUCCUGCGUCGAAACCACACCCAAGAUCACCGGAGACACCCGCCGGGCCCACCACCAUUCCCGAUCAUCGGUAACCUCCACAUGCUGGGGAAGCUCCCGCACCGCACGCUCCAUGCCCUGGCCCAACAAUACGGGCCCAUCAUGUCCCUGCGCCUGGGUCAGGUCCCAACCGUCAUCGUCUCCUCCUCCGAGUCCGCCCAACACUUCCUCAAAUCACACGACGUCGUUUUCGCUAGCCGUCCAAUACUCGAAGCGUCCAAGUACUUCGGCUACGGCUCCAAGGGACUAGUGUUCUCGGAGUACGGCCCGUACUGGCGGCAAAUGAGGAAAGUGUGCACGCUCCAACUUCUGAGCGCGUCGAAGGUUGAGUCCUUCGCGCCGCUGAGGAAGCGGGAGCUGGAGCUGGCAGUGAAGUCGGUGCAGGAGCGCGCCGCAAGAGGGGAGGUGUUGGACCUUAGCAUGGUGGUGCACGACGUUGUGGAAGAUAUCGUGUACAAAAUGGUGCUGGGAUGUAGCAAGCACGAUGAGUUUGAUUUGAAGGGGUUGAUUCAGAACGGGAUGAACAUCACGGGUGCGUUUAAUUUAGCGGAUUAUGUGCCUUGGCUUGGUUCUUUGGAUCUUCAGGGAUUGAAUCGAAGUUAUAAGAAAAUUAGUACAGCACUUGACCAAGUGUUGGAAAAGAUAAUAAAGGAGCAUGAAGACGGUUCAAAUGCACAAAAUGAGCAGCAGCAUAAGGACUUCGUAGGCAUAUUACUCUCGCUGAUGUACCAACCCAUGGAUCCUCAUGAUGAACAAAGCCAUGUCAUUGAUCGAACUAACAUCAAGGCUAUACUUUUAGAUAUGAUUUCUGGGUCAUUUGAAACUUCUGCAACUGUGGUGGAGUGGACGCUAUCCGAACUCCUAAGGCAUCCAAGAGUGAUGAAAAAGCUUCAAGAUGAGCUAGAUAAUGUGAUUGGGAGGAACAAAUUAGUGGAGGAAAAUGAUUUGGUGAAGUUAAAUUACUUGGAUAUUGUGAUCAAGGAGACAUUGAGAUUAUAUCCUCCUGGACCAUUAGUUCCCCGAGAGUCAACAGAGGAUGCUAUAGUUCAGGGUUAUUUCUUAAAGAAAAAAUCAAGAAUCAUAAUAAACUUAUGGGCCAUGGGAAGAGAUUCUAAGAUAUGGUCUGAUAAUGCUGAAGUAUUUUAUCCAGAGAGAUUCAUCGAUAACAAUUUAGACUACAGAGGAUAUGACUUUAAAUAUAUGCCAUUUGGUUUUGGUCGAAGGGGCUGCCCAGGAAUAAACCUGGGCUUAGCAACAGUUAAACUUGUUGUGGCUCAAUUAGUACAUUGUUUUAGUUGGGAACUUCCAGAAGGUAUGACCUCGGAUGAGUUGGAUAUGAAUGAGAAAUUUGGCCUCUCAAUACCAAGAGUCAAGCACUUGUUUGCUGUACCCAGGAAUCGUUUUCACAGGGAAUUUUGCAAAGAAUAAAAAUUAUUUUAGUUUAGCAUAAAGGAUGAUAUAGUUUCAGACUAUAAUUUAGUUGUCCUACUUUUUUCUUCUGUAACUCUUGCUAUAACACUAUAUAUGACACUUGUAGAAUAUAUUUUUGUUGCUUACAAUAUAUAUGGAUGAAAUAUUCUGCUACCAUCAACCAUAGAAGAAGAAUGAAGGGAAUAUCUUAUAGAGGUUAUCAUAUUUGCUUAGAAAGAUAUGCUCUUCAAACACUUGAGCCAGCUUAGAUAACAUAUAGAAGCGGAUUGAAGAUUGAAGAUUGUCGUGCCAAAUCCAGGCAACUUAGGUUUUUACUUUGGGUUAGUGAUCUUGCAUGUUUCUACUUUCGGAUUCAUUUUGAGCGUUUUCUACUUGUUUCUUUGGAUGCUU